CAGAAGAUUGCUUCUUAUUUCAUCAUUUAGCGGCAAGGCUCAACAAAGUGUUAAUUUAUGCCUUUGUCGUUGCUUUACUUUUGGCAGGGUAAAACAAUUGAUCCACCAAUGAAAUUAAGCGGAAUCAUUGGUUUACAUUGUAGUCUAAAGCAAAGAGUAAUAUAACUUGUUUUACUCUUUGGUCUAAAGUCUUUAGGUCUUACAUUGCGAUCUCUUUUUUAAACUACUCUUUUCAUUUUGCGUUUCUAGUUGUGUUAGAGAGUACUAUUUAACUUGUGAUCCUGAUAAACUAGACUUCAACACUUUUAUAAAUAAUUUUUUUAAACUGGCUUUUAUAAAUCAUGGAUAACGAAGUAGAGCCUGUCGCCGCUGAUGAUACUUUAAUGAUCGUGAAUAGAUCAAAAAAGUAUUGGGUUAACAAACAGUCAAUAUGUUCAUCGAUCCCAUAUUUGGGCAAAAUGUUUUCUUCGGGUAUAUUGGAACCAAACGACAAGAAAGUUGUGCUUGACUUUGAUGAACGUGCUUUCGACAUGAUUAUUCGCCAUGCAAACUUGGAUGGAGUUAUAAUCGAAAUGGAUUGUGUAAUUAAACUUUAUAAUUUGGCCGAUCACUUGAUGAUUGAGAAUGAAUUGUUGGAGGAUUGUUCUUCUUAUUUCUAUUCAAAUUUUUCACUUGAAAAUCUCGAAGUUGUUAUUCCUCAAGUAUCCAAAGAGUCCAAGCUGUUUAAUGUUGCUGCUCUUGAAACUUUCAUCUGCCGGCACUUUCUUAAGAUAUCUAAUUCGGCUGCUUUUCUGGACUAUUCAGUUGACACAAUUGAGUAUAUUUGCAAGUUGAAUUUGGUGAUCUCAUCUGAAUAUCAGGUUAUCCAGGCAAUCACUAAAUGGAUCGGAGCUAAUGAUACCAGAAAAAUUCAUUUGAUUCGUUUAUUGAAAUGUGUCCGCUGGUGCUUCUAUAAUUAUGACCUGUUAUCAUUUUCCCAAGACGAAUUGAUGAAAUCUGCCGAUCUUACAUCUUUAGUUUGCACUCCAGAUAAAUGUAAUUGUAAUUGUGUCUACAAUCGAUCUAACCGCAAGUGUUUUGUUGUUAUUUAUGAGUUGGACUCAUCAAAUGUGAACAUCAAGAUUCUUAACAAUAAAUUCAUCAUGUUAUUUAGUGACAACUUUGAAUUGAAUGAAUCGAUGUCAUUGAAUAUACUGCAUGAUGAACAUGUAUGUGAUGUCUUUUUCGAUUCAGGGAGCAAAGGCAUUAGAUUUGAUUGGAAUUCAAAGAAAUAUCGCUGGCAUGAUUUUUCCAUUUACAGUAAAUGCUAUUAUACUCAGCUUCAAAAGUGUAUUAGCAAAAAUGUCGAAGAAAAAUGGUCUCAUCUUCGGACUGAUGCUAACACCAAGCAAAACCUUUCUCCAUUACCUUAUUGUCAUGAGAUGGCCAUUCUGGAGAAUAAAGAAAAUCUGAUGUUGAUUGGUAAAAUCAAGAAGGGGAGAUUCAUAUAUACAGUUCCAUUGCCCACUAAAUUGUCGAAAUAUGCACUUAAAGAAGAUAAAGCACGAUCUUUUAUUGCUACCGUUUUGAGCAACGUUAUUUACAUCAUGAAUAGAAACUUUGAAUUCAUUGAGUUCAAUCUUGAUGACGGAUCAUUCAAAAAGAGUAAGCCAUUCGACGGUGACAAGUUUAAUUUUGAUGAUCUGGCUUUGACUUCUCAUCAAUCUCGUGAUUCAAAAGUCAUUCUGGUUGAUAAAUCAACCAGAGAUAUCUUUACUUUCGAUGUUUCCAGUGGAAAAUGGUGGUCGAUUGGGCGAAUCAAUCGUCGCAGCUCCAAAAAUGAUGAGAAGUCCACUAAGCUACUUGCUUUUACUUCUGCACUAUUAUCGAUUGAUCAUAUCAAACCUCGCUCGAAAAGAAAACUGAUCUCACUUGACCAAUGACUUUGAAGACAGAUAAUCAGCAUUGAUGGCUGUGGUAUGAACAUAUUUCAAAAUGAAAAAUAUAUUGAAUUUAAUUAAAGAAUAAAUUGUGUUUGCUAGAAACAAUUAAUAUUGUCUGCUACAUUCUUUACAUUUUAUUAACAGUCAAUUUACAUUGAAUGGGUUAAGUAGAUUUAAAGACAUGCAGUCCGGGUCAAUAUUUUUGCUCAUUUUAGUAAUGCAUGCUUUCCAAUGUGAUUCCAAAAGAGACUCCUGGGAUAGGCAUUAUGCGUUUGUACUGUAUUGUUAUGAAUGAUGGGCGAAAACUAUGCUUGAAAUCAUUGAAUUCCGAUUGAACUACAGGGGGAAACCACUAAAUUUUACUUUUAACAAUAAGUGUAGUUGAAUGAUUCCCCCUGUAAAAUAAGUUGGCAAGGGAUAAAAAGAAAACAAAAAAUUCAAGGAAAAACGUCUAUUGAGUUGAAGUAAUGCUUUGUAAUGAAAUACAGCAUUGUUAAAUUACAAUAUAUGGAAUUAUUGCAUUUGAUGGAGACACAUACUUAUAAAAUUUGGAAAUUUGGCAAGAUAAAAAAUUAAUUCGUGAAAUUCGUGCUGAUGCAAGCGCCAAAGACACGGAAAGAUAUUGUACACUUGUUAUAACAGAUUUGUUCAGGUCAACAGGUAUAACAGGUCAGAUUUGUUGUAAUAAAAGCCUUCAAUUGAAUAGGUCGAUAAUGGUCAAAUAUGAUGGAUUUCAAUUUGAUUAUUUGAUGCUCAAAAUAUACCAAUUAGAUUCGUUGAUAAAUAAUGAAAUUUAAGUUAAAUUAAGCCAAAUGUGGAUGCAGAUCAGAAUGGAACAAACUUUCUUUUGUAUAAAGGUUUGAUAUUUUUCAUGGAUAAAAACGCCGAAGUGAAGGUGAUUAACUUAUCAACAGGUAGAUCGGCACUCUUGGAGCAUGGACCAACAUUCAUUAUUUGAUAUUUUUGUACCCAUUUAUUUUCAUCCACGUAGAAAAUAUACAUUUUUCCAGAUGAUUUAUUGACCAGAAUAACUUUAUCAUCUUUUGCUUGGUGUGAAGUCAAGAUUAAAUCCUCGAAAGUAAAUUCAUCUUCAUCGAAAGGUACACUUGAAUUGAAACUUUUAGUCGAAUAAUUGUAUUGUAUAAACUCGAGCUUUUCCGUUAAUAUAUAAACAACAUUGUCCAGAACAGUGGCUAGGAAAGAAUGCAUACGACAUUUAUAAUCAUCGAACCAACUGGAAUUAGGCUUU